CCCGCGAGACUAGGAAGUCGUAGGGUUGUUGACAACCAUAGCGCUUGACGUUCAUCGAAUAAUAAAUCAUAGAAGGAUGCGAUAGCAAUGUCGCCAGGGCUAUCUUUUAUACACGAGUUUAGCGUAACGUAUGUGUCAUCUAUAUGAUAACAGGAUAUAGGGACAUAAUAUAAUAGCAGAGCAUUGCCUGUGCACUAUGGCAGCCCAAACUCCUCCACAGAGCGCCCUGAGGGAGUUCUGUCCCCUAUACUACUUGCUUAAUGCAAUACCUGCCAAGGUCCAGAAAGGCUUCCGCUCUGUAGUGGUCUACCUGACUGCUCUGGACACCAACAGCGAUUACAUUGCUGUGGGGAGCAGUAUCGGGAUGCUCUACCUGUACUGCAGGCGGGUCAGCCAGAUGAAAAAAUACAGCAUAGAGGGGAAAUCCGAAGCUAUCACAGCAGUGAAGCUGCUCAGUUGUUUUGAUGACUUGGUGGCAGUGGGCACGGUGUUUGGUCGGGUUGCUGUCUUUCAACUGGUGUCUCAACUUCCAGGCAGGAACAAACAGCUAAGGCGAUUUGAUGUGGUUGGUUUGCACAAAAGCACAGUCACUGCCUUGGCCUGGAGUGCUAAUGGAAUGAAGCUCUUCUCUGGUGACGACAAAGGAAAGGUUGUGUACUCUACCGUGGACCUGGAUCAGGGUGUGUGUAACCCAGUGCUACUGUUUGAGGAGCUGUCAGCCAUAGUCCAGCUGGAGUACAGUCAGAAGGUCCUGCUCAUCUCCUCUUAUCAGAGAUCCCUGCUGUUCUACACCCAGGAACAGAACCUGCAGCAGCUGGGCACCAAGCCUAGGAAGAGCAAUGGGAAGUUUGGUGCGUGCUUCCAGCCAGGCCUGUGUAAGCAGAGUGACCUGCUUGUCUAUGCAGCGAGGCCUGGCCUCCGGCUGUGGCGGACGGAUGUAAGUGGGCUUGUGGUGGACACACUGGUCCUCAAGCGUCUGUUCAACCAGGAGGUGCCACAGUUUGAGCUGUUUGCCAGGCCGGGCCCGGCAACGGGGGGUUGUCGGCCCCAUGAGAGGCAGCUGGGUGUGGUGAGCUGCUUCCUCAGAGAGGGCUGGGUCCUCAGCUGGAACGAAUAUAGUGUCUACGUGUUGGACUGCCUCAACCAGGUGAUCAUCGGUGCACUGGAGAGCUGUGGGGACAUCGUCUCUGUAUCAUGCACCGAAAAUGAAAUCUUCAUCCUGAAAGGAGAUCGGGACAUUGUUCGCAUCUCAAAUGCUCCUGAGGACUUGGCUUCCAACAUUUCUGAGUUGUCCUUCCGUCUGACCUCUCCCCUGACCACUCCUACCAUCCUGCUCUCUCCAACCGGCUCCGUGGAGACAGUCCAGACUAUCAGGACAAUGGCCAUCAUCACAGAGCAGGGGGAGCGGGAGAGGCUGGUGGAUGAGGAGGUGCUGGAGCAGGACCAGCUGAGUAACAGCCCCGAGGCGGGGAAGGCCGGCGCCCUGAUGGAGAGGGCUGAGGUGGGGGAGCGACUGGACCACCAGAGAGGGGGCAUUGUAGGGGGCACCAGUGAUUUUCAUAGCCGCAGCAGUUCCAUCACGUCCUGCCACAGCGUUCAGGGCAUGAUGCUCUCCACCAGCACCAUGGAGCAGUCAGAGCUCUCCUCCAGCCAAUACAGUGCCAUCAACCAGGAGGACUUUCAGCAUGAGCUGGUGGUCCAGGCCAUCAAAGUCAAGAAGAAGGCCAAGAGGAGGAGGCAAGAAAGUGGAAACCGCAUCAGUGAGCAGCACAACAGCUGGUCCGAGAGCAUUUACAGUCAGGAUGGAGAAGGGGGCAGUGACGGGGGGACCAGCACCUCUAUCAGUGAGCCCCCCUCAAGUUUACCGUGCAGCAGUCUGGACCUACAGAGCAGGAGCAGCGGAUCCCCCGACCAGGAGGUUUCCAUCAGUGGGGGCUCUCCAGAACUCACUGCCUCUGGAGCUCAGAGCCAGGGUGGUGACCAGAGAGAGGACCCUCUGACUCAGACUCAACCCCCUGGGUCUCAGACUCCCUCCUGCCCCAUGUCCCUUCCCUCCCAGUACAUGGAGUGCCAGUCCUACCCAAAGAAUGGCAAUAGCCCCUCCAUCACUAACAAAGAGGGGGAGGCUCCCACCCGACACGUAGACCUAUUCCUGGAGUGCACCUUUGCCUACAUGCAGACCUCGAAGGAGCAGGACCCCAUGGAGGAGCAGGAGGAUGAUCUCCUGAGCCCCCUCAUUGGGCUGGAUGACUUGGACCAGGAUGACCCACACCACCAGCACUGUCUGCUGGAUCUGGAGCCUCCUAGCUGUGUUGAUCAGAUGUGUUAUUCCCUGGAGCCUAAGCAGUGCCCCUCUAGUGACGAGGAGGACAUUUACGCUGUCCACGGAGUUCCGUACUCAGCCUCCAGCGCCAGCCUGGGAGACAGACUCAAUGCCCUCAACCUCCAAGGGUCCAACAUCAGGCAGCAGGACCAAGACAAGACGUUGGCAGAGAGCUGGAUGGGCUACACAGGACCAGGCUGUGGCAUCCUCAACCUGGUUGUGACAGACCAAUACAUCUGGUGUCUGGACUUUAAAGGAGGCCUGUACUGCAGUGCCCUCCCAGACAGGGGCCUGAGCUGGCAGAAGUUUGAGGACAAUGUGCAGCAGGUGGCACUGUCACCUUCAGGGUCCCUGCUAUGGAAGGUGGAACAGAAGACCAUGACAGCGUAUGCAUGUGGUAAAGUCACCAUCAAAGGAAAGAGGCACUGGUACAAGGCCCUGGAGGAUUCUGCCUUUGUAGCGCUUGGUGAAGACACAGCAUGGAUCAUCCGAACCAGCGGGGACCUCUACAUGCAGACAGGUUUGAGUGUGGACCGUCCGUGUGCACGAGCUGUGAAGGUGGACUGCCCAUGUCCUAUGGCCCAGAUCGCAGCGCGUGGCGGGGUGGUGUGGGCCCUCAGCCAACACAGGGCCGUCUUCUACAGAGAUGGCGAUGGCCUCAGCAGCUCCUGCUCUGAGGGGGAAAUGUGGAAGUAUGACAAAAUCAGUGAGAGUCAGGGUCUGGAGCCCAUCUGUAUAGCCCUGGGAGAGAGCAACACGGUUUGGGCUCUGGACACCAGCGGCAGUCUGUGGUUCAGGACUGGAGUCACUGCCAGGAAGCCCCAGGGGGAAGAUGACCACUGGUGGCAGGUGAGCAUCACAGACUAUGUAGUGUUUGAUCAGGGAAGUCUGUUCCAGACUCUGAUCCAGGCCACUCAGAACAUGGCCACAGCCACCAAGGCCCCGGUGGAGCGGGUUGCAGAGUGCCUCCGCAUGGCCUUCCUGUCCCAGCAGUUCCAUUGCCAGCCCAGCCUGGUCUCCUCCAACACCAGCGGCGUCUGGAUUUCAUCCGGCAGGAACAACUUCCAUGUCGCCAAGGGCAGCCUCAGCGGUACUUUCUGGCAGGGUGUGGUACCCAGAGGAACCGUCUCAGCCACCAAGUGGGCAUUCGUCUAUUCCUCGGCUGUACUCAGUAAAGAAGGGAGCUUCCUGUGGCUGGGCCAGAGCAGGAAAGACCUGUUCUGUGUUUGGGACCAAGAUGGUCAGAUGCACCCCACCACAGUCCAACUGCCCCAGGACACAGAGAUGGUCCAGCUCUCUGCCUGCCGCGAUGCCCUGUGGGGAUUGGACCAACAUGGCCGCAUCCACAUCCGCACCCUCUCCACUAGCUGCCCCACCGGCAUGCACUGGAACCUACUGGACCUCAGCCAGCUCGAUCAGGUAAGGCUGGUCAGCGUAUCGUGUGGCAGUCAGAACGUGUGGGCGUGUGAUGGCAAUGGGAUGGUCUAUUUCCGCGUCGGUACGCAACCCCUCAACCCCAGCAUGAUGCUUCCUGCCUGGAUCUGUAUCGAACCACCAGAGCAGCCACUAGGAGUGCAUUUUAUUAGAAUCCACACCAGUCCCAACGACAGCAUGCUGUGGGCCAUGGACAACAGAGGGAAUGUACAUGUCCGCACUGGAAUCACGGACGAGAUGCCUAUCGGCACAGACUGGGAACACAUUCCAGGCUUGCAGGCCAGUCAGCUGGUGCUGAGUGUGAAGACUGUUUGGGUGCGCUGCCCCAACGGGGAGGUGGCGAGGCGCUAUGGUAUCACUGACAAGAACCCAGCAGGGGACUACUGGAAGAAGAUACCAGGCCUGCUCAACUGGCUGACAGUGACACCCAUGGAUGAGCUGUGGGCUGUGAGUGUGUCUGGAGGUCUGAGGCACCGGCUCACCGAGACCCUGGUGCACAACACCAUCAAUUCCCAUGUCAACACAGGCUCCCUGAGAGGAGAGGACCUGGAGGAGGAGUGGGAGGUCAUCUAAAGAAGACUGAAAUUGUGUUAUUCCCUAUAUAGUGCACUACAUUUGACUAGGGACCAUAGUGCAUAGGGCUCUGGUCAAGUCGUGGACUAUGAAGGGAAUAGGGUACUAUUUCUCACGUUUCUCCCCAACUGAAACAACCACUCUUUAUUAAUAUUCACUUUCACUACUGAAAUGGGCUGCAUUGCAUUUAUUGGUGGGCACUUUACCUACUGUAUGUCUUUUUAAUGUUAUCAUCCUAUGUACAUAAUAGAUUCUAAGGCAACUGCUAGGUGCUUAUGAAUCAGUACGGAUUGCACAAUGGCUCUGUGGACAGACCGGAUGGGAUAAUUGGUGUUACCAAGGGAACGGGGUGUCUCCCAGACCUCAUGCUGUGUACAACCAGUGUUUACUUUUAACCUAACCCAACCAAUCCCUAUUGAAUUGAAUUUAAGGAAUUAAUUGUUAUAUUAGUUAAAAAAUAAUCAUUAUUGGUGACAUUUUAGGAAGGCAAUAUUUUUCUUCAUUUUAGUUAGUUUGCACUUUAAUUGAAGUGGGAAGGUAACUGCACUCCCAGUACACAGCACUAGUCAAGACUUGCUACCCUGAGACCGUACACAGCAUUAGUCUAGACUUUAUACCCUAAGACAGUCUGUUAUUUUCUUACAAAACAUCCUCUCCCAAAGGAACUUACUGUAGCUCGUGUAUUGUUUUUUUACAUAUCGAUUUAUUCCGAUGAAUACGGUACGUACCACAACACACUUAGAGCCUUCCAAUAGUGUAUCUUCAAUUAAAUAUUUCGAUCUGUCAUUCCUCUAGUCCAGUUGAACCACUAUCACAGGAGUUAUAUAGGGCCAUGGUCUUUGAAUUAUGUUUUCAUGUUGUUUUAAAGGAAACUACAAUGGUAGUAUGAAGGAGAUCCAUUAUUUUUUUUACUGUUUAUAAUAACACAGAUGGAACGUGACUGUAAGUACUUGAAUGGAGAAAUGUAUCAUGUUAGUCACAGUGCAAGGGUACCAUAUAAGUGUAGGUGCUUACUGUGCACAUAUUGAUUGAUGCUUCAUUUUUUACUGUGGAAUACUGUGCUCACUAAGGAAGGGAUAUUUGCAGGAGUUUGUUCUGGGAGAUUUAUAACACGUGUAUUUUGUAUAACUACCAGAAAGGGAAACGAACCAAAUAAUUUAUUCCGUCUUAAUACAGCUACUGAAUAAUUAAGGGAGUCAUGCAUUUAAUGGUAUCAUAUUGUUGCUUCUGAAUACUGUACUCUAGUGCUAUUUAAUCCUUUAGGAGUUUGCCAGUUCAAUUCAGAUUGACAAAGUCCGGGCCAGAAGUAGUGCACAAUAUAGAUGAAUAGGGUGCCAUUUGUGAUGUAAAAUCAGAUUUAAUGACAGAUGUUUUACACUAGACAGGAAAACCCAAAGAUCGAGUUGAAGUAUCCCCUCUGUGUGUGUCUAUAUGGGAUACACAGCACUGCAAGUCCACUGAAUCCUGUUGUAUGAAUCCAUGCCUCUCCUCAGUAUGAAUGAACUUCCUUAAUAAAGGUGUUUACAGAGA